AUGGGCUGGUCGCUUCAAGCAACUGCCCUCCUGGCACUAUUCUCCUUGGCCUCUGCCAGCACAAUCCAUUCUUGUUUGAAUGGAUGCGAGUGUGACACCGGGACAAGAAAUCCAACAAUUCGUUGUGACAAUAAGAAUAUGACUCACUUCCCUCUUCCCAUUGCAAAUCCUCAACAUCAGUUCAAUUUUUUGGCUCUCUCCUGCAAUUCAAUCGUCAACAUCCCAGACGCAACCCUCAUUCAGCAAGCAUAUCCUGACCUUCAUGGCAUUGAUUUCAUGGGAAAUCCGAACAUCAAUUGCUCAUCCUUACAAUCCUUGGAGGGAAAAAUUGCAACCCUCUCUCGCUGCAACUAUCCUCUGGAUCCUGUUCACUGUCUUUCGGCUGUAAAUGGACAAGCUUCAGACAAGCAAAAAUCAUCGUGUGAUCAGACGUGUAGAAGUAUCAAAAAACUGGAGGAGCUUUGGGAUCAGAUCAAAAAAAUUGCCAAGCAAAUCGACAUCGAAAACUAUCUCAACGUGUUCGCAAAAGCGUUGAACGACUUCGCCAAAAAGCGAACUUAA